AUGGACAUGGGUACUUGUGAUUGUAGAAUGUGGGAUUUUAGUGGUAUACCAUGUGUUCAUGCAAUGCAAGCAAUGUAUAAAAUGAAUAGGAAUCCUGAGGAUUACUUAGCCAUUUGGUUCAGGAAGGCUCACAUUAUGUUUGCAUAUGAGCAUUACUUGAAUCCAGUUGGGGGAAUGGACACAUGGUUAUCAUUUCCGGGUUCAGUUGUGCCACUGCCACCCAGGCCAAGAGCUAUGCCUGGGACACCAAAAAAGAAAAGGAUGAGGGCAGCACAUGAACAAAAAGUGUAUGGUUCCAACUACCUGCAGAAGGGCCACAAUGCCAGAGGUUGUAAGAAUGAGAAGGUAGAAAAAACCAGUGGUUGCAAAGCCCAAAGGGAGGCAACCAAAGCAGAAUGCUAG